AUGGUGAUGUUCUCGAAGCACCUUGCGAUGCUACGAAGAGAUCGAGAGCCACAUGCUGCAAAGGCCGAUUUUCUUCAAUUUUUCAAAGAUGCAGAGGAUAAUUCUUUCGACGGUUUUCUCAUGGAACAUGUCAGCGGCAAAAUUGACUUCACUUCUUUCCGUGUCAACAAAACUAUGGCACCAGGUGAAACUGUUGCCCAAUGCCGAUUCAUUGCAGUAGCCGGAUUUGACACAACAGCAAACACUUUGGCACUGAUAUGUGAGCUGCUUGCAAGAAAUGAGGACAAACAGGAAAUUCUUCUGAAAGAAAUUGACGAUACUGACUCCUUUACAUACGGCAACAUUCAAUCCAUGGAAUAUCUUCACUGCUGCGUCUUCGAAACACUGCGAUUGUUUCCACACGCUUCACCUCUUCAACAUCGCCUUUGUAUGGAAAACUGUCAAGUGGGAGAGUAUUACUUCCGGAAAGGUACCUGCAUCGUUAUUGAUCAGUGGGCUUUGCAUCAUAAUCCUGAAAUAUGGGGAGAUGAUGUGGAAGAAUUCCGUCCUGAAAGAUUUCAUUCACUCACUACCAAACAGCUUCGUGCUUUCAUGCCUUUCGGAUUGGGCCCACGGCAAUGUGUUGGCAUGCGAUUUGCCCUGAUGGAGAUCAAACUCACGCUAUCUAUGCUGUUUUCGAAAUACAGAAUCCGACGAAAAGACCACAAAAGCGAGGUACGUAAGUUCUCGCAACAUAAUUUUUGCACUGCUCAAUGUUUGCUGCGACUCGUAGAGAUACAAGGUGCCAUCGCAGCACCACUUUUUUUUCGUGGAGUGACAUAUAUGAUUGAGAUGACUCAAAGAGACACUGGUACAAUAUGGCCAAAGGAUAUUAGGAUACAAUUUGAAAGAAGGCGGUGGAACCAAGAAAGUGACGACUGA